AUGCGAGACAUGCUCAUCCGAUUCAGAGUCGGACAUAUCGCAAUGAUCGCGGAUGUGGAGAAGGCCUUUUUACAAGUCCAUCUUAACGUAGAGGACAGGGACGCCACACGCUGUUUGUGGGUCCGAGACCCCUUGCAGCCGCCGGAAGGGUUGAACAUUGUAACGUAUCGUUUCACACGUGUCACCUUUGGAUUGAAUUGUUCGCCGUUCUUGCUGGCCGGAACAAUCAAAUACCAUCUACAAGGAUACACAAAGCAUGCGAAACUGGCAAAAGAACUCCAUGACAAUGUGUAUGUCGACAACGUGAUUUUCACUGCGUCCAACACUGAAGAAGCAUUGAAGAAAUAUAAAGAAUCCAAAGCGAUAUUUACCGAGAUGAACAUGAAUCUUCGCGGAUACCUGUUCAAUGACGACGAGGUCAACGACGCCAUCCCACCACAAGACAAAAGCUGGCAACUUGUUACGAAAGUCUUUGGAAUAAUGUGGAAUUCGCCAGAGGAUACAGUCGUAAUCGAAGGACGGUUUGGUGCGAAAUCAGCAGUCACAAAGAGGACAAUCUCGGAACAAAUCGCCUCGAUUUAUGAUCCUAUGGGCUGGUUAACCCCACUUCUGGUGGAAGGAAAACUGUUCUUGCAGUUCCUGUGGAAGUCGGGCUACGACUGGGACACCAAACUCUUGAGCGAGCAUGAGCAAGAAUGGAUUGCAACAGUCGCUCAAGUGAAUGGCUACAAGCGAGUAUUUGAGAUUUCACCGCUCCACUCACACGUCAAGCUCCGUUGUCUUUGCUGA